AUGGCAGCCGUUGAGCAGCCGCAUUUUAUGCAACGCACACCCACACCGUCCUUCUCCAGCCCGCUCGACCACCUCGAUGCACGGCCUUCGUCUUCUUCCCCACCGCCACAACCAUCCCCCUCGGCCGAUGGCAACAUGAGCAGCUCGCAUCCCACAACUGUCGGCCAGCGACAUGACCGGGAAGAUGCAGACAUGGAGGAUGCGAGCUUGACAAACGGCCUGCCGCAACCGAGUAUAGAAGCACCCGCCAGCCGCGAACAAGCCCCGACUGCCAUCGCUGUCCAAGUCGCUGCCUUGGAUGACAACGCCAUGGAUACAACGCCGGAUGCAGAGGUCGAGUUGGUGCUGCCAGACGCCCCGGUGGGUCAGCACGGCGCCACGCUUGUAACGCCGCCAUCACCUGCGCCAAAUAGUGGUGCCCAGGUCGAAGAAGCUGACAACGCGCCGAAUCCGCCUGCAGCUUUCAACGAGAAUGCAUCAGUACCCGCUCCCAUCGUGCCUCCAGUAGAUGCCGCUGUCCCCGUCGAUCCAACCGCGCAGCCUCCACCGCCACCGCCGCCGCCCAUCGAGCCGGCGCACUCCGACUCCGACUCCUCAGACGAUGACGACGGCCUACCCGCCUGGCAUCCCAUCCAGGAAGAUACCUCUUCACCGGACGAGGACGAACUCAAAGAGAUGGAGGAGUCGACUGAACACAGCGCUCUCGAUCACGAGUACUGGGAAAGCAAGGCAUUCGUGCCGCUGGAAGAGCCAGAGUAUACUGCGGGAGAGACUGGGCGUAUCGAGUGGACCAUUGACGCGUACAAUGGGACUCGCGAGAAGCCAAAUCGGGACUUGGUGAUGAAGUCUGAGGUUGUGACUAUUGGCGGACACCAGUGGCAGAUCAAAUUCUACCCAAAAGGCAAUGACUCGGACUACCUCAGCGUCUAUCUGGAGUGUUUGAGCGUCAUGAAGCCAAAGGAGGAGGACAAGGAGGAAGGGGAAAAGGACGGAGACAGCUCCAAGGAAACAAGUACAGGGACUAUCCAAAGAGAGAAGAAACCACACGGCGCGAAAGGCGAUGUUGAAGAAGCGUCGGAAGAUGCCUCGGCCCCACUUAUACCCAUCGAUGCCCAACACGCGCCACUACCGUUACUAGGGUCGAAACAGAUACCAAAACGGAAGUGUGUAGCCGCUCAAGUCUCCGUCGUGCUCUACAACCCCACAGAACCUCGCGUGCAUUACUCGAAAUCAGCUCUACAUCGUUUCUGUAGCGGUUCGCCUGAUUGGGGUUGGACCCGUUUCCACGGCCCGUACUAUGAUAUCGCCCAUCGUAUGCGCGGCCAGCGGCAAGCACUUCUCCGUCAUGAUAAGCUUGCUUUCACGGCCUAUAUUCGCAUCGUCGAGGAUGAGACGAAUUGUCUAUGGGAGCAUCCCAACCCAGAGAAUCCCUGGGACAGCUUUGCGAUGACGGGCCUGCAAGGUCUCAUGCUUGGUGAAGAUGCGAGCGCGCCUGGUGGAAACAUGAUUUCUGCCAUUGCUUCGUGGAUGCUGUUUAAACCCUUCCGGACUCUACUCUACAACGUCAAAGCGCCUGAUGUCUACCGUGAGCCUUUGCUACGCCCGAAACCACUCAUCAAUGCGCUGCAGAAGGUGCUGUAUCUGCUCCGCACGCAGGUAGAGCCGGGAGCGGGAGCAAUCGCCUUGGACGAUGUCUUGGAUGCUCUGGAAUGGUACGGCAUGCACGAGCGACUUGACAAGCUCGACGUUAUAGAGACCUGGGAGGUUCUGCGACUGAAACUCGAAGAGGAGCUUGCAGAUACUGGGUACGCUUCUGCUUUGCAGGCAAUCUGCGGCCCCAAGCGUGACUAUAGUGUCGACAUACCUACUUAUCGCGUCCCUGUGGUGGGAGUACAUAGCAUGCAGCAGGCCAUCGACAAGUCACCCGGCUUUACCGUUGCCGGUCAACCUCUUCCCGAGUUGCUGACCAUUGAGAUGGAACGGCAGAACUUUGAUCUCAAGACUCGAUCGUAUGUUAAAGUACUGAACAAGGUCACGCUAGACGAUCAUGUCAAAGUCAACGGCACAAACUACACACUCUACGGCUUUGUGGUCCACAAGCAGACUCUGCAAAGCUAUGUCUACCAGCCAAUCCUCCGACCUGAAGGCCCAGGGUCGAGGUGGUACAGCUACUCGGACAGCAAGGACGAAAACCAGGUCAAAUGCCUCACCAAGCGACAAGCCAUUGAUGCACACGAGGGUAAGCCUGGCACUGAGCAGAUUGUCGGUAACGAUGCCGUGGCUUACGUUGCCAUGUAUGUGCGCGACGAUGUUGCGCAUAACGCCUUCACCGCAGAUGCUCAGUCAGAACAGUGGGCCGUUCCAGCAUGGAUUGUAGCCGACACCGAGAAGGGGAACCCAUCUUCCAUCUCCAAGGUACCUUCAGAUGACCCAGACGCUACAGCUGCACAAAACUCAAAUGUGGAAACCGAUACAGAACCGGCAAAGACAUGGAACUUCCAAGUCUACCACUCACGACUGUUUUCCCAACACGAGGGCCCCGGCAUAAUUGAUGUCUAUGAUCCAAAUUAUCAAGCAAACUCUGAUCUCGUACAGACGGUUUCCGUGUCUUCGAAAGACGGAUGCAAAGAGGUUCGCGAGAAGCUAGCGGCUGCAUUCGAGGAUAUCAGAGACCCCCGUCAAGUGAAGUUUUGGUUUUUGGACCCGAUCCGCGGAGCGCUGGGCCGACCCAAUUUGUUGGGCACAGGCAAGACUGAGUAUUCAAGUGGUACUUAUGAUCAUUACGCUGAUACCACGGAGUGGGAUCUCGGGGAUUCUUCAUGUAUGAGCCGGGUCUGGGUUCACGUGAUUGAUUUCGAGCAGCUGCCUGAGUUGCCCAAGGAGACAGAGUCCCUUGCAGAGAAGACGGGGGGAGAACUGACCCAAGCUCGGCAGACUCCGCCUGUAGCUGAACCUUUGCAGGCGCAGAGUGCGAAUGCUGGGAAUGGUGCUUCGGCAUGGGGAGUCUUUCCACCCGUACAAGUGAUUUCUCGUUCGGAGGAUACGCCAAUGAGCGAACCUGAUGAGUCGAUGUUCGAGCCGGCUGCACUGUCUGGAGUGGAACCCAUUGUCUCGCCUCCUAUUACGACCACAGGGGGGACAGAUACGGCCAUGACAGAGGAUAGACUUGGCCCUGUGGGUGCUUCUCCUGCUGUUGACCCUCUUGAUCGUGGGCCGGAGCCAGUCGCGCUGGGGGACACGGAGAUGAGCGGUACUCAAGAAGAUAUGCCACCACCACCCCCUCCGCCGGCGGAUAUUACUGCAGAAUUAAGGCAGCCACCGCCGCCUGCCCGUGUUCCCUCACCCCAGCCACCGCCAGAUGAAAUCUACUUUUUCCUCAAGUUCUGGAAUCCAGAGACGCAAACACUUGAAUCCCGCGGCUCUCACAUUGCGCUCAAAUCCGACAAGGUCGAUGAAACCGUCACCAAGAUCCUGUCGAUACCCCCAGAGAGCCAGAAGAAGAUCCUCAUGUGGGAGGAAGAAGAACUGUCGAGCACGCGCGCCAUCAAGCCUCGCCGCUCCUUUGCCCAAGCCGACCUACACAACACAACCAUCCUCAUCGUCGGCCUAGUCCUCACACCAUCUCAACGCGACGAGCUCGCCUCCCAGGCCGCCUUUGCAGAUCCCGAGCCCUACCUCGCCUACCGGGCGUUUGCACGCAACUUCCCACACCGCGUAAACGGGCACUUCACCUACAACUACUUCUCCGCCGAAUCCUACAAGGGCGAAAUCAAAUCCAGCCACGGCCACGGCCACGGCACCCUCAUCUACCACUCGGGCGCCACCUACACGGGCACCUUCCGGCUCGGCCAGCGCCACGGCCACGGCCUACACACGUUUCAAAACGGCGACUCGUACGACGGCGACUGGCAGGCCGACGCCCAGCACGGCAGCGGCACGUUUGUCGAGGCGGCCACGGGCAACACGUACGUGGGCGGGUGGCAGGCGAACAAGCGGUUUGGCGAGGGCGUGACGCACUGGAAGAGUGCGCAGGAGGCCGAGCGGCUGUGCCGGAUUUGCUGGGAGGACGAGGCGGUUGCGGCGUUUUAUGAUUGUGGUCAUGUGGUUGCUUGUUUGCCGUGUGCGAGGGAGGUUCAGGCUUGUCCGGUUUGUCGGAAGAGGGUUGUUACUGUUUUGAGGCUGUUUUAUGUGGCGUAG